AUGGAGUUCAGGGCGCUCCUCAGCCCGAGGACACAAGGAUUUAUGCCUGGACGCCGACAACCCGGACCGCUCAUCACUACCCGCUACCUCCGGAGGACUACGCGACCAGACUUUGCAAGCCAGGAAGGACCUUUCGACCCUACAACGCCUGCGAGUCCCGUCAGAAAGGGACGUACUCUAGCAUGGCAGAGGAGCUCCCCCGACACCACAGGCCCUCGAGACGAGGUCCUGAAGGACCACUUCGUUAAGGGCCUAAGGGAGGGCCCACUGAAGAUCGAGCUGGAGCGACAUGGCAGACGUAACCCUACGGUGACCUUUGGAGCUCUCUGCGUCGAGGCCGAGGCAGUGGAGAAGGAGACAACCAGGAGGGAAACGCUGGCUUGUAGGGCCUAUGUGGCCCCCACCACCACAGCCUCACACCAGGGACCCAUCCCUCCAUCGGAGUGGGACCGGCUGAAGGAAGCUCUCCACGCGGAGCUGAAACAGGAGAUACAAAGCCAGGUGUCCCUCCUGGGCAAGACCAUUGUAGAGGACAUACGCAGUCAGUUACAGCAGGAACCAGCCCUGGCCCCUCGAAGGCAGGUGACCGAAGAGGGUAGCCCCAGCGAGACCCUAGACAAGCCCUUCUUGGUGGGCCAAUGCCCCGAAGUAGAGCUGAUGAUCCAUGGGGUUAAAAUUCCCUGCGUUUUGGACACGGGUUCCCAAGUCACUCUGUUUAGCUACUCCUUAUUUCAGCGCUGCGUGGCUCCAGAACUGCUACAAGACCCGGAAAGGAUCCCCUGGCUAACCCUCAAAGCCGCCAACGGACUGCGGAUCCCCUACGUAGGAUAUGCAGUUUUAGACUUUGUCGUUGGAGGGAUCGAGGUCAAGAACAAAGGGAUAGUGAUUGUAGAGGACAGCUGUAUGGGCACAGAGUAUGGCCUUCUAGGGAUGAACGUGAUCAAAGACUGUUGGGAGAAGCUUUUCCUAAAUGGCCAUCCUGGGGAAAUGGCGUUCAAGUCCACCGUACCCAAAGCCUCGGUCAAGGCGUGGGACAAGGCAUUUGCCAUAUGCAAGAGGAUCCAGGCCCCAGACGAGCCCCUUCAAGUAAGGGCAAGGCUGACUCAGCAGAGCCCCAUCUCCAUCCCCCCACGCACGGAGAUGAUCGUCUGGACUGAUGUUUCCCCAGUAGCAGGCUCCCCUGAUCAUCUCGUUCUGGUGGAAAACCUCCCAGACGAUACCGGAGCAGAGGAGCGCGGUUGGCGAGUGGCCCGGACCUUGAGCUGGGCACGAGGGGGUAAAGUCCCAGUACGUAUCUGUAACCCCCAGCUGUUCCCUGUGUUUCUCCCCCACCGACAGGCAUUGGCAACCGUUACUUCAGUUGACCCCGGGGACGUCCAGGGGCGGAACCAUUUGGUACUACGAGACUCAACCCCAGGAGUGGUGGAGGUGGACGUGCGGCCCGUGUGCCAGGGCCCAGCAAGAGAGACACCACUGCAGGGAGAGGAGAGCACUGAACUUCUUCCAGGGCAGUCGGAACAGUUCUCAGCCUUGCUACGAAAGUGGCCAGGGGUGUUUUCUGCCCACGAGGAGGACUUUGGUUUUACCACGGCCGUGCACCAUCGUAUCCCUACCGGAACGGCACCCCCCAUCCGGGAAAGGAUUGAGGAGUCCCUGACGGGCCUCCACCAGGCGGAAUGGUACUCGACGCUGGACUUAGCCAGUGGGUACUGGCAGGUCGGGGUGGCACCCCCUGACCAGGAGAAAACUGCGUUUGUCACCCCACUGGGCCUGUAUGAGUUCUCCCGGAUGCCUUUUGGUUUGUGCAAUGCCCCCGCCACAUUCCAGCGACUGAUGCAACGUUGCCUAGGGGACAAGGUACACGACCACCUUCUGAUAUACCUGGACGACAUCAUCAUUUACUCCCCUGACUUUGAGACCCACCUGCGACACCUGGAACAGGUUUUCGAACGCCUCCAAAGCCAUGGCCUUAAGCUGCAGCCCAAGAAGUGCCAGUUCUUCCAGCGACAGGUCCUCUACCUGGGACAUGUUGUAAGUGGCCGAGGAGUGGCCACCGAUCCAGAGAAGACGAGAGCGGUCCAAGAUUGGCCUGUCCCCACCACUGUCAAACAGGUACGCUCCUUCCUGGGCUUUGUAGGGUAUUAUAGGAGAUUUAUCGCUUCCUUCUCAAAGUUAGCUGCCCCCCUCAAUCGCCUUCUCCAAGGGACAGCCAGCCGUUCCUCGGCACCAGUAACGUGGACCGCAGAGUAUCAAACUGCUUUUGAAUUCUUGAAACAACAGUUGCUCAGUGCACCCAUUCUGGCGUUUGCUAAUUUCAAUCUACCCUUUAAGCUAUACACUGAUGCCAGUCUGGACGGCUUGGGUGCAGUACUAGCCCAGGUGCAGGAUGGCAAGGAACGAGUGAUAGCUUACGCGAGCCGCAGCCUGGUUCCGGCCGAACGCAACGACCAGAACUAUAGCUCCUUUAAAUUGGAGCUACUCGGUAUGAAAUGGGCUAUAACCGAAAAGUUUAAGGACUACCUUUGGGGUGCAACGUUUACCGUAUUCACUGACAACAACCCGUUAGUACACCUCGACACCGCCCGUCUUGGAGCGACCGAACAGAGAUGGGCCGCCCAACUGGCCAAUUUCUCUUACGACAUCAAGUAUCGGCCAGGUGCCUCUAACCAAAAUGCAGACUUGUUGUCCAGGCUCCCAGGGGCCCUGAGUGCAGGUGUCCAGGUGACAGAGGACAGAGCGGAGGCCACCCCUGCUGAACCCCUGACCCACCUGGGAGACCCAGAAGAGACGCCCUGGUUGGAGUGGCAACGCCAGGACCCCGACCUCCAACAGAUCUGCCUCUGGGUAGAAGUGGGCACUCUACCACCGGACCUGGACAAGCGUUCCCUCUCUCUCCAGAUGCGCCAACUACUGCGUGAGUGGGACCGACUGAAGAUGGACAGGGGUCUCCUGAUGAGGCAGGUGCUAGAACCUGAUACUGGGGUGACAAGCCUCCAAAUAAUCCUCCCGCCUAAGUGCUGUUUUGGACUUUGGCUGGAGUACCACCGGGCCGCGGGGCAUAGUGGAGUGGAGAAGGUCCUGUCCAUUCUAAGACGACGGUUCUUUUGGCCAGGAAUGAGUAGGGACGUCCGAGUGUGGACGCAAGAAUGCCCUACGUGCCUUGUAAGUAAGGCCGGCCCUGAGAUUCGUGCACCCCUGCAGUCAAUAAAAUGUAGCUACCCCUUUGAACUAGUAGGGCUAGAUUACCUAUCCUUGGGGAGACCGGCUGAUGCCUUCCCAUACAUCUUAGUUAUUACGGACUUAUUUUCCCGCUACGCUCUGGCCGUACCCACACGGGAUCAGACAGCCACAACCACGGUAAAAGCUUUAUGGACAGCCCUAAUCCAGCCGUUUGGGUGUCCAGAACGAAUUCUGACCGACCAAGGGGGCGCCUUCGAGUCGGCAUUGAUGCGUCAACUCUGCGAGUUGUAUGGCUGUACAAAAAGUCGUACCACCCCGUAUCACCCCCAAGGGAACGGGGCAUGUGAGCGGUUCAACCAAACAAUUCUGGGAUUGCUGAGCUCGCUGGAUCCCACAGACCACCCGCGAUGGCAUCACAAACUUCCAGCCCUGAUACAAGUUUAUAAUAACUCUGUCCAUGCAAGCACAGGGAUGACACCCCACUUUGUUCUGUUUGGACGCCAUGCCAGACUACCGAUCGACAUGAUCCAUGGAGUGACCCCGCCCCAGCGGCGAGGUGACCUCGAAGAAUGGGUCCACCAGCACCAUAAUACCCUGAUGGACGCUUACGCCCGAGUGCAGCGAAACGUCUCCCGCCGGCAGGCGUGGGACCAGAAACGAUCGACCCCGGCCAGAACAGCCCGUCUACCUCAUUCGUCCGGAAGGGGAAGAAGGGCCCACUCGCACUUUGCAUCGGAACAACCUCCGCCCAUGCCCAGCAGGAGUGCUGGGCAGCCCGCAGGUACAAGAGGAAGGCCCACCUGGGGCCAAUGUGGAUGUUCAAUCUUCCCAGUUUCCUAG